AUGCGCCUUUUGCUCCCUGGGCAGGUGCUGCUGCGACUGUCGCCGACACUCACCGUCGCCGGUACUGUCACCGUCGCCGUCGCUGUCGCUGUCGCCGUCGCUGUCGCCGUCGCGGUCGCCAUCACCAUCGCAAUUGCCAUCGCCAUCGCUGUCGCCAUCGCAGUCGCCGUUGCUGUCGCUGCUGUCACUAUCGCCAUCUGUCUGUUUCACUUCCUAGCUCGGCCCCGAGACGCCAAGCACCGGAACCGAUCUCCACAUGCCGGAAAAGUGAGAGACUUCAUCCGCAAGACAGUCGAGCCUUUUCGCCGUGUGCCUCCCGCUCCAAACCUGUAUGACGACGAUGAGGACAGGUACAAGUCUAGACCGGAGGUAGCAGAAGAGAACCUAGAGAAGAUCCUCAGCUCCCACGACGAAGAUCCCGAGACGAAAUUGAAAGUGAAGGACUGUUCGUGGACCACGGUCUUGGAGCAGAUGGCCGAGGCGAGGCGGCAUAAGUCGUCCCAACCAAACAGCGGUGUGAAGAUGGAUAAUCUCAUGGUGCAGGUAAAGAGCUGGGAAACCACCAUCAUCGCGCUUCUGUUCGAGUACAAGGCGUUGCAAGAAGGCCUGAUGGCUCAGAUGCGGACAUUCGAAAAGGAGGUUCAGAAUCAGCUCUCAAACUGCUUUCCUGCCAACAAUGCCUCAAAUGCCGCCAUGACGGGGUUGUUUAGGGAGGCGCAGAUAAUCCACCGACAGCUGGAGACUCUCCAGCAAGAGAAAGAGGAGUGGAAGCAAGAAAGACGGCAGUUUCACAGCCAGCUGGAGCACUCGCAUGAGAACAAGGAUCAGCUCAGGCGCGAGCGGGACGAACUUCAAAGCAAGAAUUACAACCUCAGCGUCCAAGUCCGCGAUCUUUCACGGCAGGUCCCGUCGCAGUCUAUCAUCCACAACCAGGCGCAGGCUAGCCCGUCAGUGACGCCCAUCCAGCUCCUGGGCGCCAUCGGUGUUUCCGUCCACGCUGCAUGGGUCGACCUAGACAGCGUCUUUGGCGCUUGGUUCCAGAGCCUGCGGUCGUCGAUUCUGCUCGCCGACGGCGCAACCACCGAGGAGAUCCAGCUCCGGUCGCCCAUGUCGGGCUUCUGCGCCGCCCUCGCUGCCAGCGUCGCGGCCGACGACGCCGGAUGCAUCGCGCUGUCCUUCUUCGCCGGGCUGCAUCACAGAACAGACAGCGCCGGCUGCGACCUCAAUGGGCCCCAGGGUAUGGUGCGGAGCCUGAUCGCGCAGCUGCUGCUCAGCUCCACACUACCGAGGCCGAACCUGGACUUCCUCUAUCCCGCGCUCCUGGAAGCCUGCCGGCGCCGCGACCUCCCGGCCCUCCGCGAGGUGUUCGUGCAUCUCGUGCAGCAAGUGCCUCCGGGUAUUGAGGUCUUCUGUAUCCUCGACGGCAUCUCGUGGUACGAGCAGGCCCCGUGGUUGAAGGGCCUUCGUUCUGUGGCCGGCAUGUUCGAGUACUUGGCGGAGGCCAUCGAUCCGGAUUAUGCUGGUGCCCUGAAGGUUCUCCUGACGAGCCCUGGCAGGAGCAUGGAGGUCGUAAAGCGUACGACGGAGAAGCGCAGAGUUUGGCGACACGUGACGCUCGCGGCGGGUCAUGUCCAUCCCGGGACGUUUGUUGCGCCACAGAAAAGCCACGGGCAUUAA